AUGUCAACCAUUGCUAAUGCGUCACCAACCAAACUUGUAUCUAAACCAAGCCGCAGUAAUACAUCAACACCUACUACAAUGCCACCUACUUCUAGUAGCAUUAAACCCACACCCACCUCUACUGUUUCCUCUGUGACUGUCACAGUCACACCCACUCCUGGAAACCACAGCACAGUACCCACUCCUGGAAACCACAGCACAGCACCCACUCCUGGAAACCACAGCACGGUACCCACUCCUGGAAACCACAGCUCAACACCUACAAGCAAACCUGGAAACCACAGUUCAACAGCACCAACAACAAAUGUGAAGCCAUCUUCUGUGACACCAACUCCAAAAGGUAGAUGUUUUAGUUUGGCUGUUCAGAAAGUUUUGAUUGGUAUUCCCAUUACUGGUAAUGAUGGAGUGACUGUGUCAAGAGUUGACUAUUAAUACUGUUACCUAAAACACUUUUGUUAUUGCUGCAUAUGCACAAUCUAUUACUUGUAUCUUGUCGUUUUUGCAGCACCUUCAUAAUUAAAAGCACUUUCAGCUUCAUUUGUUUUUGAAAAUCGUAUUAGAAUCAACAUAAUGUCAGCAAAUUCUAGUUAACCAAUACAAAUUUAAAUUUUCUAAUUUCUAUGUAUAAAGUGACAAAAUGUUGAAUGGAUUCUUAUUUUUGAGUCUGCCUGUGAAUAAAUUCCAAUUCAGUCUAAUCAUGUACAUUCAUCUGAUUUGUUUACCAGUAAUGAUGAGUUUGAUUACCGACAGAAUUGACUGACACAAAGUUCUGUUACAAAACCCUUACUGAACACAAUUUGAACUAGUUUGCCCCAGGUGUUUUUGUUACCUGUCAAAAUUAAAUUCAGGGCCCAGUUGUUCGAAGGCCGAUUAGUGCUAACCUAGGGUUAAUUUUUAACCCUGGUCUCUUUUUCUCAUCAUCAAAAGCAUUUUCUCGGACAAUUUUCUCUAAUCUUUUUAGCGUAGCCAAUCAUCAAAUUGUAGACCAAAAGAAUUAAACUGAAUGUGCUUUUUAAGCUUUCAUAUCUGAAUUCAAAUUUUGCACUAACCCUGGGUUAUCUUAACUCAACUUUGAACAACCCGGCCCAGGUUACAAUUUUUUAACCCAGGUUGAUUAUCAAUAUUACCUUUGUCUCCUAGCCCUAAUUACUCAUGAACUAGGGCUAGGAGACAGAGGAAAUUGAGGUUCACCCUAGUUUAAAAAUUAUAACCUGAAUAAUUAUAAUUUUGACCUGUAACAUUUUCAAAAGUUGUAAUGCCAUUGUAGUAUUAACAGGGUUACUUCUGUUUUGUUUUAGGGCAUCAUAACAGCAAUGGUGGUUCAGGUAAUUCUAGUGGAAAGUGGGUGGCUACUGGAUUUGCUGUAUUUUUUGGUAUAACAACCAUUGUGAUGACUGUACUGUACUGCCGACAGCGCAAGAUCUAUAGAGAGCUGGAAGGUGACAGUUCCCUGUCAAGGCUAAUCUAG